CAGGAAUGGACACGGCAGUCACUCUGAGGUGCGGGGGUCGCAUGCCUCUCAUCGGGCUGGGAUGCUGGCAGUCCCCCCCGGAGCAGGUGACGCAGGCGGUGGAGGCGGCGCUGGACGCCGGCUACCGCCACAUCGACACCGCCUACAACUACCUCAACGAGGAGGCCGUCGGCGCCGGCAUCCGGAAGUGGCUCGAGAAGACAGGCAAGAGCAGGGGCGAGAUCUUCGUCGUGACCAAGCUGCCCAUGAUCGGCAUGUACGAAGGAGGCGUGGAGAAGUUCCUGAAGAAGUCCCUGGAGAAGUUGCAGCUGGGCUACGUGGACCUCUACCUCGUCCAUCUCCCCAUCGGCAUGAAGGGUAAACAUGACAACGAUGUUUUUCCGAUGGUCGAUGGGAAGCUGAACCUAGAUUAUGCAACUGACCUCAUUGCUGUGUGGAAGGAAAUGGAGAAGAUGAAGACGCUCGGCCUAGCGAAGUCCAUCGGCGUGUCCAACUUCUCCAUCAAGCAGCUGAGGAAGAUCUGCGCCGUUGCUAAGAUUCCUCCGUCCGUGCAGCAGGUUGAGUUGCACGCUCACUUCCAGCAGCACGACAUGCAGGAGUUCUGCAAGAGCCGCAACAUCGCCAUCACCGCCUACGCCCCCCUGGGCUCCCCCGGCCGGAAGCAGAUGACUCGGCUGAGGUUCAGCCACGCGGUGCCGGAGUUGCUGGAGGACCCCGUGGUGCGGCUGGUGGCGGAGAGGCAGGGCGUGACGGCGGCGCAGGUCCUCCUCCGCUUCCUGGUCCAGCAGGGCCUCAUCGCCAUCCCCAAGUCCGUCACGCCCUCGCGCAUCGCCGCCAACAACGACGUCUGGAACUUCGCCCUGACCGACACCGAGAUGGCAGCACUGAGGAGCCUCGACAAAGGGCCCUCCGGUCGCUCCUUCACAACAAAGAUGUCAGAUCACCCUGAAUGCGAUAUGGAAUAACUGAUUAAAGAUAUUCUUCAUGUAAAUUCAUCGGGUGUCGACGGGAGGGUGUAAUGUCAAGUAAUACUCUACGAAAAGUAUGUACUCAUUCACGCAAUAAUAUUUUGGAUAUGUAAACAGUCUGUCGUUUAGAAGUGUAUAGUUUUGAUUCUUAUAAUCGAUUUGUAAAUAAAGAUUUGUAAAGUAAGAUUACUAGCAGA